AUGGCGAACCUCCCGCCUGUCAUCGGCCCCAGCGCGCCCGCCAGCAAGGACUCGUCCGGGCUGCGCGUCCCGAGCAACGGCAAGACCAUCUACCACCGGCCCCUCAACCGCUCCAAGACGGCCGAGCUGAGCCAGGCGAGCUUCGCCUACCUGUUUGGCGAGAUGGUGACGUACGCCCAGCGCCGCGUCAAGGGCAUUCAAGAACUCGAGCAGCGGCUCAACCUCCAAGGCUAUCCCAUCGGCGUCAAGCUCCUCGACCUGCUCCUCUACCGCGAACCGCCCCGGUCACAGCUCCGGCCCCUCACAAUCGUCUCCCUCCUCCAUUUCAUCAAGCAAAACGUCUGGCAGCACCUCUUUGGGCGCCAGGCUGACCGCCUCGAGAAGUCAAAUAACCCAGACACGCCCGACGAGUACAUGAUUAUCGACAAUGAGCCCCUCGUCAACCGCUACAUCAGCGUCCCGCGCGAGAUGAGCCAGCUCAACUGCGCAGCCUUUAUCGCCGGCGUCAUCGAGGGCGUGUGCGACGGCGCAGACUUUCCCGCCCGCGUGACGGCACAUACCGUCGGCGAGGGCGACAUGUGGCCCGGCAAGACGGUCUUUCUCGUCAAGUUCCGUGGUGAGGUGGUGGAGCGGGAAGCCUUUAUGGGCAAGGGCUGA